CCCCUCUCUCUCCUGCUCUCUGUCUACGUCUCUCUCCCUCCUGCCUGCUGCUGCUGCUGCUGUCUCUUUAUGUUCCUGUUCUCAGUGAACGCUGAAACUCCACACAGAGUAGCCCUGCAGCCUCCUCAGCUACAGAAACUCGGCUUUAUUGCAACUUUUUUUGUGAGUGUGCCCGAGCGAAAUCGCUUCGUAAGCACUCAAAAUUAGCCGACAGUGAGUCACACGCGUUUAGAGCAGCGGUCGGAACUUGAAAUAUGACGAUAAGCAAAAUGGGAGGAAAGUCGUUGCUGGCUUGCUGAAGUUGGAGGUUCUCCUUGUGGAAGAGGAAGAGGUGGCGGCGGACACCACGAGUUCACUCUCACAAUAAAAAGGAGUGAGCCCAGCCUCUCAUCAGACCUCUUCCCUUUCAUCGGGCUAAGAUGAGUAUAACCAGUGACGAAGUCAACUUCUUGGUCUACAGAUACCUCCAAGAAUCAGGUUUCUCUCACUCAGCAUUCACCUUUGGCAUCGAGAGCCACAUCAGCCAGAGCAACAUCAACGGAACACUAGUGCCCCCUGCAGCCCUCAUCUCCAUCCUGCAGAAAGGGCUUCAGUAUGUGGAGGCAGAAAUCAGCAUCAAUGAGGAUGGCACAGUAUUCGAUGGCCGGCCGAUCGAGUCGCUGUCGCUCAUCGAUGCGGUGAUGCCAGAUGUGGUGCAGACGCGGCAGCAGGCUUUCCGGGACAAGUUGGCCCAGCAGCAGGCGUCCUGUACCAUGUUAGCUUCAACGUCUGGCAACCAGAACAACGCACCAAAGAAUGGAGAAGCCACCAUCAACGGGGAGGAGAACGGCACUCACGUCAUGAAUAACCACAGUGAGCCCAUGGAGAUGGACAUAGACGUAGAGAUACCAGCCAGUAAAGCCACAGUGCUCCGAGGCCAUGAGUCUGAAGUCUUCAUCUGCGCCUGGAACCCCGUCAGCGACCUGCUGGCCUCAGGAUCGGGAGACUCCACCGCCAGGAUCUGGAACUUGAACGAGAAUAAUAACUCCAACUCCACCCAGCUGGUGCUGCGCCACUGUAUCCGAGAAGGUGGCCAAGACGUCCCCAGCAACAAGGACGUCACCUCACUAGACUGGAAUAGUGACGGGACUCUCCUGGCGACAGGCUCGUAUGACGGAUUUGCCAGGAUAUGGACAAAGGAUGGAAACCUGGCGAGCACCUUGGGGCAGCACAAAGGACCCAUAUUUGCACUCAAGUGGAACAAGAAGGGGAACUCUAUUCUGAGUGCUGGUGUAGAUAAGACGACAAUCAUUUGGGACGCACACACAGGAGAGGCCAAGCAGCAGUUUCCUUUUCACUCAGCUCCAGCACUCGAUGUGGACUGGCAGAACAACACCACAUUCGCCUCCUGCAGCACAGACAUGUGCAUCCACGUAUGUCGCCUUGGCAGCGACCGGCCCCUGAAGACCUUCCAAGGCCACACGAAUGAAGUUAACGCCAUAAAGUGGGAUCCAUCAGGUAUGCUGCUGGCCUCCUGCUCAGAUGACAUGACCUUGAAGAUCUGGAGUAUGAAGCAGGAGUCCUGCGUCCACGACUUACAAGCUCAUAGUAAAGAAAUCUACACCAUCAAGUGGAGCCCAACAGGCCCUGGCACAAGCAACCCCAACUCCAAUAUCAUGCUCGCCAGCGCCUCCUUCGACUCGACUGUUCGGCUUUGGGAUGUUGAGCGUGGUGUCUGCAUCCACACGCUGACUAAGCACCAGGAACCCGUGUACAGUGUGGCCUUCAGCCCCGAUGGCAAGCACCUGGCCAGCGGCUCCUUUGACAAAUGUGUCCACAUUUGGAACACAACGAGUGGAGCCUUGGUGCACAGCUACAGGGGCACUGGAGGUAUUUUUGAGGUGUGCUGGAACAGCACUGGAGACAAAGUUGGAGCCAGUGCGUCAGACGGCUCGGUGUGUGUUCUUGAUCUGCGAAAAUAGCUGCCUUGAGACUUUGAUGAUGAUGAAUCCUGGAAUGUGCAGCAAAUUGCCUUCUUCUACCAUCAGCAAACUAAAACUGUCACUGCUCAAGAAGAGCUGGAAGGUGGAGUGAAACAAAAGUCCCCCCACACAGGAGAGAAACCAGACGACUGCAGCAGCUUCUGAGGAGCCAACACCAUCUGACUUCAGUGCACCUUACACUUUGUUGAUGCGUGUUUUAUGAAACACCUCAGACCAGUUUCAGAGAUCCCCAAGACUGGACUCAAUCCAACUCCCUGGGUGCAUCCACGUUUUAGAAGGUUUCUAAUGAGGAAGUGCCGUGAUCCCUCCGGGCUCUGGUCCAGCUGUUAACGGGUUGUAAGGGUGGAGACACACAGAUGAGUUUUAUAUAAAGAGAGAAGUGUUAAUGAGACACGUGUUUGGCUGUGAACGGCAGGAAAAUAUGACAGAACGGUUGUGCUUUUAGAAUUAAAUGUCACUUCAUGUCCGGAUAAACAAACUUUGAGGACGUGACGAGAGUGAUGUUGAUACCGAAGCACUGAUUGUUUCCUGGCAGGGUGCUCGACUUCUUCUCAGUGGAGAAUAGUUUGUUUCAAGAGUACUUUUUGCUCUGUUUUUGGUCUUUAUUCCACAGAUGGACUUGUGAAAGUCAAAAUUGAAUGUGCCGCUGAAAGGUGGUUCUUAGCUCACAUUUAAGAUCAGGUCAGUUAGAGGAAGUAAAAAAACUGCCAAGACACAGUCCUCACCUCUGCAAACGACCUGCUCGGGAUUGAAAAUCAUCAUUUGAUGGACAGGAUGUGAGAAGUGUGGUUUACAAAAAGAGAAUUUUCUCCCUUUUUUGGAUGUAAAUUUCAGAAUGUAAAGAUAUGUAAAUUAGAUUAAUACACAGACUUAUAUACUGUGUAUAUGUUUAUAUACAGUAUACUUUAUCGCAAUCCUGUAGGGGCUCAUUAAAGGAUAGAGCUGUCACAUCUUUGCCGAUAACACAUGAUGGGAACUCUUUUAGACCAACCGCAUGUCUCAUCAGCUUCUUUUAACACUUGUUUUCAGCUCGGCCCUUCAUGCAUAGAUUUCAGUUUUGCUUUUGAUUCUUUGGAAAAAAUGGAAGAUCUCAUAAAACCAGCAUUCAGUGCGAACAGGAGGGACAGCCAUCACAGUCUGAAGAGCAGUGAAACAUCUCCAGCUUUAUUAGUGUUAUCCCUGGAUUAUGGCACUUUCCUCUGAUGAACAGUCUCCUGAUUUUUUCAGUGCAAAGCAAAAUGCCAGCUUUUUAAACAAAAGAGAGAAAAAAGAAAAGCCUGGAUUGGUCUUAAGACCGGUCGUGUGGUGGGUGCCAGCUGAUCAGAUCUGGUCACAUUUUAAACGCUUGUGUUGUGUUGUGAGCCGAGCUUUAACAGCGUGCAGAAAGUCUGCCUCCAUCUACUUACUGGGAUCCCAUGUUUAAGAUUUCAAACUGACUCUCCACCGCUUUGAUUUCCAUUUUUUUCCCUCCUGGUUUUUCCCUUUCAGCCAGCUUCUGCUUUAACAAUGUGAAGUGCACUUUUCGUAACGGUGGAUUCAGCAAAUGUUCAGAUUUUGCUGGAAGUGAAGGGCCAAUAUUUUUUUGUCUUUUUUUCUCCUCUUUUUUUUUCCAUGUCACGUUUGGAUGUUAAUGGGUGAUUCAUUGUUUUCUGAAUUAUUAUUUUUUUUUCAUUCGAGAGCCAUUAUCGUCUGUGUCAGACUGAGAAUUGGGCUGUGAGGUUUGUGGCCGUUGUCGGCAUGCUGAGGAGCCCAGUGUAAAACAAGUGCUGUGACAGCUACUAUCUCUCUCUUACCCUGAUGCAGGGUUUGGUCACCUGUUUCCAAGACAAAACGUUGAAGUCAUUCAGUGUCUCAAAUAAAUCACUCUAUUUUGAUAUCAGAA